AUUCAUGCCAUUUAGACCAGAAAAUUUUGCCCAUAACAUGACUCAAUUCGCAAAAAAUAAAAGACUACCCAUUGAAGAAGACGCUUCCGGAGAUGACCCUAGACCAACAAUAUAUAUAUUUAAAUAAUGAUUAUAAUAUAUUCAAUUUAAUAUAUUUUUUUAUGCUUAUUUAGUUUAGUUAUUAAAAAUAUAAUAUAGGAUUUUUAGUAUUAGUCUUCUCUCUCGGAGCCCUCAAUGACGGAACCCUCGCCGCCAUACCCCCCACCCAAACCGGAUGGCUUGCCGCCCCCACCGCUUCCACCACCCUUGGAAACCACUACUUCUGAAUCGCACAAUCAAACCCUACCUAUUGGCGCUGCCUCUCUUGAACCACAACUUAAGUCGUUUCGUGAUACCUUAAUUGACGGUGAUGCCUCUCGUACACCACCUUUGGUAACAUUGGAGGAAUUGAUCGCUGCUGAAGGAUUGAUGGAAACGAUCACGCCGAUGGCGACGGAUGGUACUAGUAUGGGUGCAGUAAAAAUUCCGAAAGUUAGAAUUCCAAAAGCGUUAUGGCAGCGGCUAUGCACGCCCUUUCAGAAUGCAAUUAUAGUUAAGUUACUAGGGAAGUCUGUUCACUUCCAUGUCCUCCGAGCAAGAUUGCAGAAAGAAUGGCAUACAGAAUACGAGUAUGACUUUAUUGAUAUUGGAUUAGGCUACUACAUCGUUAAAUUUGGUUCGUCUGAAGACCGAUUAAACGUCCUUACAGGAGGUCCAUAUAAAAUCUUUGAUCAUUAUUUGACAGUUCAACCUUGGCAACCUAGUUUCCAACCUGCUCGUGCGAAGGCCCCAAAAACUGCAGUCUGGGUUAAACUUUAUGGUGUUCCUGCGAUGUGCUAUUACGAAGCUGUGGUGCUUUAUGUAGCCCGGAAGCUAGGAAAUCCAAUAAAGGUUGAUAGAGUGACUUUAUUGGCAACAAGGGGAAAGUUUGCUAGAGUAUGUGUUGAAAUUGAUCUUAGCAAGAAACUGCCAUCAUCGGUUGAUCUGGAUUUGGAGGAAUUGCCACAAUCACUUAUUCUAGUUGAAUAUGAGGGUUUACAUAAAAUAUGUUUUCACUGUGGUGAAUAUGGGCAUAAGGAAGAUUCCUGUAGUCUUAAAAACCCACCCAUGGCAGAAAGCAAGGAUCCUGUUACAACUGAUGUGAAUAACAAAGAUCAGGCUAAAGCUAUUGUGGCUCUUAGUCAAACUUUGAAACCAGAAACUGAAGAAAAUAAUAUGGUUUAUGGAUCAUGGAUGAUUGCCAAGCGCAAACCCAGGAAGAAUACCCAAACUAAAAACAUGAAAGGGAAUCAUAACACUGAUACUACUGCUAGACAGGAGAACAUGCAGUUGGCUGGGGCCAAAAGAGGGCUUGAAAAGACUACAAAAGCAAAAGAAACACAUGGGAGAUCCCAUGAGAACAGGGAACAGAGCAGCAAUAGAUUUGCAAUUAUUUCAGAUGUGUUGGAGGAGAAUAAAGAGUUGCUAGGCCAUGAAGAUUCUCAGUCAAUUGAGCAAACUGUUACGCCGACUGAUUUGGCGGAUUCAUUGAAACCGAAUGCCACCAUGGAUAUCAUUCUUGCCCUUAGACCAGAGGUUCAAGAUAAACCUAUUGAAUCAUGUCCAACUACUACUGUUUCUAAUGAGCCCACUAUGUUAACUGGAUCACUAGCCCACCAAACAAAAGCUAGGAAAAAGAAGAACAAGACUAGGGCCUUAAAACCAGUUUCAAAGAUCUCCAAACCACCUCCUUUGAAGCCUCUUGAAGUUGUGACAAUGGAGACAACACAGAUUAACUCUAGUCAGGAGAAGUUGUCUGCAGUACACACCCACCCUCCACCCUCCUUAACACAAAGUCACCCAAUGUCCCAAGGCCACUGCAUGACUUCCCAUCAACUCUCUUUAGAUGGUGAGGUGAACAAUACAGGUCAUCAGCAGUUGCAUUUACUUCAAGUUACUACAUCACAUGAUGAUCCACAGGCACUUGUAGCUCACGCUUCAAACCCAACCAUACACUUAGAAGUGGCUACCUCUCCUCUUACAUCUUCCCAAUGAAGCUUGUUACUUGGAACAGUAGGGGUAUUAAAUACAGCCCAUUCUGGAGGGAAUGUAAAGAACUUAUUAAGAUGCAUAGACCAGAUAUCUUUUGCUUCUUAGAAACAAAAUCUAAUUCUUAUGAUGAUUCCAUGGCUUUUAUGGCACGUUUUGGAUAUGAUGAGCAGUAUCAAGUCCUCUCGCAAGGGAGGGUAGGUGGCUUAUGGCUUUUCUGGAAAUCAAAAUCGGUUUCAUUG